GCAGACUUGAAAGGCAUUUUGUCUGGUGAAAUCUACAAGACACAGAUUCCAGGGCUGCAGGGUUUGGAGCAGCGGGGGUGACUAUGGGGAACGCCAAGAGUGGGGCUCUUUCUAAAGAGGUCCUGGAAGAUCUUAAAACAAACACAAGGUAUUCAGAUGACGAACUCUGCAGAUGGUAUGAGAGUUUCAACAAGCAGUGCCCCGAUGGCAAAAUAACUCGCACGGAGUUUGAGAAGAUCUAUGCCAAUUUCUUCCCCCAUUCUGAUCCUAAGAGCUACGCCAGGCAUGUGUUCCGUAGCUUCGACACCAAUGAAGAUGGUACAUUGGACUUUCGGGAGUACAUCAUUGCCCUGCAUCUCACUUCUUCUGGAAAAACCAGCCUCAAACUAGAAUGGGCAUUUUCCCUGUUUGAUGUUGACAAAAAUGGAGAAAUCAGCAAGGUGGAAGUGCUUGAGAUUAUCACUGCUAUAUUCAAGAUGAUCCCACCAGAAGAGCAGAAGAACCUGCCGGAUGAUGAAAAUACCCCACAAAAAAGAGCAGACAAGCUAUGGGCCUACUUCAAAAAGAAUGAUGAUGCUAAAAUAGCCGAGGGAGAAUUCAUUCAAGGCGUUAUGAUGAACGACGAGAUCAUGAGUCUUAUUCAAUACACCCCGAAGAAAUAAGCGGACACUGAAGGGAGAGAAGAUGGGGAAGCCCAAGCGAAUGCCAAUAAAGAUCGGACUGUGUGUGUGUGUUUGUGAGACCUCAAUCUUUUUUUCCAUUCCAGAAUAAAGUCAUACAAUAGAUGUGUUGAUGACAGAGCAAAGGUUUUAAAGGCUAUCGAAGCAUCAUUUCAGUUAUUUACAUUUUCUUCUUGAAUAAUAUUAAUAUUCGGAAAAUAACAGAAUUGAGAAAGUCAUGCAGCUUAUCCCAGUUCACUGCAAUUAAAAAGUAGUGAAUCUUUGGUUCACGUCAUUCCUCAUGAAAUCCAGUCCUAGAAUUGACAUUUGGAUGAUUUAUAGGAAAUAAAAACCCUAAAAAAAUAUGAAUGUAAAAUUCUUCAUUUGUGCCAUUUACUUGAUCCUAGUUUUCAAGAUAUUAAGACGUUUUUACACCGCUAAUACAGUGAAUGUUCAAUUUUGGCCCACUGGACUGGAUUUAGAGCAUGAAGUUAGUGAGCAAAGGAAAGUCUUGUGCUCAGAAAAUGAAGUUACUGAGCAGACAUUUCUCAGGUCACUUCUAAGCAGAACAACAGCAUUAGACUAUCCUUUUCUAACUAAAUUAAUUUUCUCUCAGCUGUGCCCAGACCAAAAUAACAGUAGGCGGCGCUGUUGUUUAGAUUAAUUUCAUUAUGAAUGUUAAAACUACUUCUUGAAUAAAUCGGGUAAACCGAGCAUCCUGAGCAAUUGCUCAUUAAUUUGUUUCUAGGGUUUACAUUUCCUUUAGAAUAAAAAAACUGUCAAUAUGC